AUGUUACCUCUUUUACAGGAAUUUUAUAAAAGUGGACAAUUCAAAAGUUAUAAUAGAUUCAUUGAAGCAAUCAGAAAGAACUUUAAGUUCCAAAUGAUAAUAUUGGGGGUUUCAAUAUUGGGGUUAAUCUAUUUGACAUUAGAAGUUGGACUCAGUUUAAAUCAUUUGAAAUUAUUGAUAAUUGCUAUUUCCCAUAUAUAUGGGUUGAUAAUCGUAUUAUGGCUCAUGGCUCACGGAUUAAUUAAUAUUGCCAGGAAUCGAUGGACUUUCGGUAAUCACAUGACCAAGGUUAAUUAUUAUUAUUUGAAAGUACCUAAAUUAGUUGAUAAUUUAGAAGAUUGUAAGAUAUCUUUCAAGGAAGAUAUUCUUAAAGUUUUAGUUUUAUACAAUUAUAUUAAUAACGAUGAAUAUAACAAUUUUUUAUUCAGAGAUUGGAUAAUUGACUUGCAUAAUAAGAUUCCUUCUGAGUUGAAAGAACUUAUGGAAUUACAAAUCAAUAAUAACUUAUACGAUAGUGAUUUGAUAACCAGAAACGAUAUUAAUAAUGGAUUUUUGAAGAAUUUGACCUCAUCUUUCAAUAUGAAUUACAAUAAAUUGAUUGCCUAUGAAUCUGAAUUCAAUGUCAUUUUCAAUGAAAUUAUCUUGUUGGAGGAUUUGAGCUCAUCCAACAUGAAUGCUUUGAAUUUCAGAAUCGAAAAAGUUACUAAAUUAAGAUUUAUUUGGUUGAAUUACGUUAAACCCAUUAUGAAUAGAUUUUUUUCAAUAAUUUUCUUCAUAAUAUCAUUCAUUAUUAUUGAAUCUGAAUUUUUCCAUUCAACUAGACUUUCAAUUAUUGAUAGAAUUUAUAAUAAAAUUAACAAUAAUUCAUUAAAGUUCUUAAUAACUUUUUCAAUUUUUGCAUAUAUGUUGAUUUGUUCAUUAAAUUCAUUGACUCAAUUGAAAAUUUUCAAUAUGUAUCAUUUGGUUACCCAUAAAUCCGAUCCUAUAUCUGCAUGUUUUUAUGCUACUUACAUUGCAAGAUUAACAAUCCCUUUGUCUUAUAAUUUUAUUACUUUAUUUAUCUCAAGAAAAUCCAUAUUUGAAGAUUGGUUUGGUAAAUCCAUUCAUUUGACAGGAUUAUUCAACUUGAUGAAUAAUUGGAUUCCGAGAUUAUUAUUUAUACCUAUAAUUUUAACUAUUUUCAAUGUUUAUGAUAAAAUCAAAAGAAAGUUAGGUUUAAACAACGACUUUUACGACAGUUUUAGUUUUGAUGAUAAUAAUGAUGAUUCUACCAAAAGAAAAGAUUUGAUUAUCGUUGAAGCUAAGAGAAUUAUCAACAGAGAAGUUAAUAAAAGGUUGACCAACACUGUUGCCCCCAUCAGAUCGUAUAAUUUACAAAGUGCUGCGGAUAUGAAUUAUGAAACUAAUAGGAAUAAUUUUGAGAAUCUGUUAAUCAAUUCGAACAAUAGAAUUGAAUUUAGUGACAACAUCGAUUCUUCUCCAUCAAUUUGGGCUAAUAUAACUAAUCAAUUCAAUACUAUCAAAAAUCAAUUCUCCAGAUCGAAUUAUAGAGAUGAACCAUUGGAAGAUUUCGAAUACGAUGAUGAUGCUGACCAUGAUUUGGUUAUCUAA